AGUGCGUUUCGUUCGCCGCUGGGAGACACACGUUUUUACGGUGGAUAUAUUUUAACAUUUACAUCAGUAUACAAAAAACGACACCGUAUAAUAUCAAUUAAUGUGACUUAGUUUACGUAUAAUUAAAGUGCCUUAUAUUGAAGACUUACUCUCGAAUAAGUAUUUUUAUGAAUUAGUUUCGUGAUGUGAAUGUGACGUGUUUUUUACAUGAUUUAAGCGAGAAUUGGAUUGCUGAGGUUGAUCUGGUAAAAAUCAGAGUUUCAUAAUGAAAGCGAAGUGCAGAGUUGGAGCACAGGAUGCCGAUCGCGCCGCGCGGUCCUCCGUUCCUCUUAACGCCCUACCAUCUCUUACACCGUAGAAGACCCAAUAUAACCCUCAAGUGCCCUUCAAUUAUAUAACGUAUAAAGUUUCCUACGCCUCUUUUACACCGACCUAUAAUUAUAGUUACGCACAGUGUCAGUGUUGUGUCUCGAGCGAGUGUAAGUGUAUAUGUGUGUCGAUGGUGCGGCCGACAUGGGAAAGUCCUCGGCGAGAACACAUGGCCAAGAAAAUGAACGAAGAAUCAAAGCGAAUAACAGGGAAUAUAACGCGCAGUUUCGUUAUGCCAAUAACUACAUCAAGACUUCGAAGUAUUCGAUUAUAACGUUCCUGCCGCUGAACUUGUUAGAACAGUUUCAGCGGCUAGCGAACUUUUAUUUCUUGUGCCUGUUGGUCCUUCAACUGAUCCCGGCUAUCUCCUCGUUGACGCCGAUAACCACAGCUAUACCUCUUAUUGGUGUGCUAGCCCUCACUGCCGUCAAGGACGCUUACGACGAUUUCCAACGUCAUCAAAACGAUUCGCAAGUGAACCACAGGCGAGCCAAGACCUUGCGUAAUGGCAAGCUUGUGGAGGAGAAAUGGGCGUCUGUUCAGGUGGGAGAUGUCAUCAGGUUGGAGAACGACCAGUUCGUCGCGGCCGACAUCCUACUUCUCAGCAGCUCGGAACCUAACGGACUUUGUUACAUAGAAACCGCCGAGCUUGAUGGGGAGACGAAUUUGAAAUGUCGUCAGUGCCUUUUGGAGACGGCCGCAAUGGGCCAAGACGACGCACAACUGGGCGCGUUCGAUGGUGAAAUUGUUUGCGAAACGCCCAACAAUCUACUUAAUAAGUUUGAAGGUACGUUAAGUUGGCGUAACCAACACUUUUCACUCGACAACGAUAAGAUUCUGUUGCGCGGAUGCGUGCUCCGCAACACGUCGUGGUGCUACGGCGUCGUUGUCUUUGCCGGGAAGGACACUAAACUAAUGCAGAACUCCGGCAAGACGAAGUUCAAGCGCACCAGCAUAGACAGACUACUUAAUUUUCUUAUCAUAGGGAUAGUAUUCUUUCUGCUGUCUAUGUGCGUGUUCUGCACGGUGGCGUGCGGGGUGUGGGAGUGGCUGGUGGGGCGCUACUUCCAGGUGUACCUGCCUUGGGAUACGCUGGUGCCGGCCGACCCCACGUGGGGCGCUGUCAUCAUCGCCCUGCUCGUGUUCUUCUCUUACGCCAUCGUGAUGAACACUGUCGUGCCUAUAUCGCUUUAUGUUUCUGUUGAAGUUAUAAGAUUUGCCCAGAGUUUUCUUAUUAAUUGGGAUGAAAAAAUGUACUAUGAAAAAACUGGUACCGCAGCCAAAGCGCGGACCACUACACUUAACGAAGAACUAGGGCAAAUCCAGUAUAUAUUUUCUGAUAAAACGGGAACUCUCACGCAAAACAUAAUGACGUUCAAUAAGUGUUCGAUAGCGGGCGUUUGCUACGGAGACGUCGUUGACGAGACCACCGGGGAGACUCUGGAGAUAAACGAGCGGCGCGGCAGGGCGCGGGGCGGAGCGGGGCGGGCGCGGGGGCGCGGCGCCGGCCUGCUGCUCGACGAGACCGCGCAGGGACGCAGCACGCCCGCCGCCAUGCGACCUGCAAGCUCGGAGCCUUUAGAUUUCUCGUUCAACCCUGAAUACGAGCCGGAGUUUAAGUUCUUCGAUCCGACGCUACUAGACGCGGUGAAGCGCGGGGAUUCACACGUUCACGACUUCUUUCGUCUCUUGGCGCUUUGUCACACGGUCAUGCCGGACCAGAAGAAUGGACGGCUCGAAUACCAGGCCCAAUCGCCAGACGAAUCGGCGCUGGUGUCCGCAGCAAGAAACUUCGGUUUUGUGUUUAGAGAACGUUCGCCUAAUAGUAUUACAAUAGAAGUAAUGGGUAACACAGAGGUGUAUGAAUUGUUAUGUAUAUUAGAUUUUAAUAAUGUUAGAAAAAGAAUGUCCGUGAUAUUGAGGAAGGAUGGUGAAAUUAGGUUAUAUACAAAAGGUGCUGAUAAUGUAAUAUAUGAAAGAUUAAAGGCAACUAAAGGAGAUGUUAAGUCUAAAACACAGGAACAUUUAAAUAAAUUCGCCGGGGAAGGUUUGAGGACACUGGCGCUGGCGUGGCGGCCGCUGGAGGAGCGCGGGUUCGCCGAGUGGAAGCGCCGCCACCACGCCGCCGCGCUCGCGCUGCACGACCGGGACGAGCAGCUCGACGCCAUCUACGAGGAGAUCGAGACCGACCUGCUACUGCUGGGCGUGACAGCCAUUGAAGAUAAACUACAAGAUGGAGUACCAGAAACAAUAGCGAAUCUCAGCAUGGCCGGUAUAAAGAUCUGGGUGUUAACAGGAGAUAAACAAGAAACCGCUAUAAACAUCGGGUACUCGUGUCAGUUGCUGACCGACGACAUGGCGGAGGUGUUCGUCGUCGACGGCGCGUCCUACGAUGACGUCAACAAGCAGCUGGCCAAGUGCAGGGAUUCGAUACGGGUCGUCAACACCUUCAUGCCGCACGGUCCCCGGCCGUCGGAUGCGAAGCGCGACGAGGAGCCUAACGGGGCGGUGUCGGGUCGCGGCGCCAACGUCAAGCUGAACGCGCCCGCCGUCUCCGUCGUCACGUUUAGGUGGGAACAUAACUCACUAGCGCACAGCAACGAGUACGUGUCUGGGGGCGCGCACACCUCUGAGCCUCACGAGCACGCCAACGACGACUCCAACGGGUUCGCCAUCGUCGUCAACGGACACUCGCUAGUGCACUGUCUGCACCCUAAACUAGAGGAAAAAUUUUUAGAAGUAGUAUUACACUGUCGAUCUGUGAUCUGUUGUCGAGUGACUCCACUGCAAAAGGCGAUGGUGGUAGAAUUAAUAAAGAAAAGCAGAAAAGCCGUAACGCUGGCUAUAGGCGACGGAGCCAACGACGUGUCCAUGAUCAAAGCGGCCCACAUCGGCGUGGGCAUAUCAGGCCAAGAGGGCAUGCAGGCGGUGCUCGCGUCGGACUACUCCAUAGCCCAGUUCCGGUUCCUCCAGCGCCUAUUGCUGGUGCACGGGCGCUGGUCCUACUACCGGAUGUGUAAAUUCCUAAGAUAUUUCUUCUACAAAAACUUCGCAUUCACCGUCUGUCAUUUCUGGUUCGCGUUCUUCUGUGGAUUCAGUGCGCAGACGGUGUUCGACGAGAUGUUCAUCUCGGUGUACAACCUGUUCUACACGUCGCUGCCGGUGCUGGCGCUGGGCGUGUUCGAGCAGGACGUGUCGGACGCGACGUCGCUGCAGUUCCCGAAGCUGUACGCGCCGGGACACACCAGCCAGCUCUUCAACAAGACGGAGUUCAUCAAGUCCACGCUGCACGGCUGCUUCACCUCGCUCGUGCUCUUCCUCAUCCCUUACGGUACAUACAACGAUGGGCUGGCGGCGGACGGGCGGGUGCUGUCGGACCACAUGCUCCUGGGCAGCGUAGUGGCCACGAUACUGAUAAUAGAUAAUACAACUCAGAUUGCAUUGGACACGACGUACUGGACCGUGUUCAACCACGUCACGAUCUGGGGCUCGCUCGUGUCGUACUUCGUGCUGGACUACUUCUACAACUACGCCAUCGGCGGCCCGUACGUCGGCUCGCUCACCGUGGCGCUCACGCAACCCACCUUCUGGUUCACGGCCGUAUUGACCAUGAUAAUCCUGAUGGUGCCGGUGGUGUCGUGGCGGCUGGCGAGCGCCCGAGCGCGCGGCACGCUGGCGGAGCGUCUGCGGCUGCGACAGCGGUGGCGCGGCGCCGCCCCCGCCCCCCGCACUCCCUCCGCCCGCCGCGCGCGCCGCUCCGUGCGCUCCGGGUACGCCUUCGCGCACCAGGAGGGCUUCGGCCGUCUCAUCACGUCCGGCAAGAUCAUGCGCCGCAUCCCGCACGCCGACGCCGCCUUCUCCGCGCUCGCCUCGCUGCCCGGGAAGUUCCACGCGCGCCCCUCCUCGCCGCCACCAGAGCCCAAGGCGCCCACGCAGAACCUUGAUACAGUCGACCUGUGAACCGGUGGCCUGUGACCGCCAUCGACAACUCUGUUUCGAUCGGUCGGAUACAGAAUAUCGGAGCCCGGCGCUGACACAAAGCUCCUCGAGUAUUAUUACCUUAAUUUAUUAUGUUUUAGUUAAGUUCUUUGACGUUUCGGAAGUUGAACGCCUCGGAACGAUGUUAUCGAAUGAUUGUGUUAUUUUGUACCGAUGUAAAUUACCUACGUGACCUGUACAAAGUGUAAAGCGAAGCUAUUGAAAUGUUGCGUUCUAACUGCAUGUGAAUAUUAUAUUGAACAUUUGCUUUGGAAUCGAUUUUUAAUAAAAUGAUAAUUCUUA